AUGUCAAAUAUAACAGUAAGAUUCUUCUUAAAUGGAAAAUCGAUUUCAGUUAAACCACUGAAUUCACAAGACAAUUUGAAAACAGCAAGAGAGAAAUUAAAAGAAAAGAUGUCUGGUUCUCAACAAUUCCUAACAAAAGAAGGAGAUUUAAUUGAUAUAAAUGAUGAAGAUUCAUUUACUAUAGAAGAUGUAAUUGAUUCAUCAAGAAUAAUAAAUAUCAAAGAAAAAGAAGAUAAAAAGGAAUUAAAAAUAAAAUUAAAUGACAAAUUAUUUAAAACUAUUGAAUUGGAUAAGAAAACAAAAUUAAGUGAUGUCAGAAAAUCAAUUCAAAAUAUUCCAGAAUCUGCACAUUUCUAUACACUUGAUAAUGAAAUAAUUGAAAAAGAUGAAGAAGAAACAUUUUUAGUAGAAAAUAUAAUAAAUAAUGAUGAAAUUAUUAUUAAAAAUGAAAAAGGAAUGGAUACUAUAACUAUUGGAAUAUAUUUGGAUGGAAAAAUAUUCAUGAAAAAACAAUUCGAUAAGAACAUUUCUCUUUCUGAUAUCAGAAAGGAACUUGAAAUUGUAACAUGUAUAACAAAAGGUUUUGUAUUUGAAGAUCAAGAAAGAAAUAAAAUACAAAGAGAAAAUGAAAAAUCAUUAAAAUUAUCAUCUAUUUUAUAUGACAACAAGAUCAAUAUAACAACAGAAAUGUCUGAUACUUCAUCAAAUAAUAAUACAACAUCUGUUGGUUCACCAUGUAAUACUACAACACAUAAUACUUCAUCAAAUAAUACUACAACUGUACCCAGAAAAAAUGUUCCAAUUGAAGGAAGUAUAAGAUUGGAAAGCCAUGAAAAAGGAAAAUUGAAAAUAUAUUUAUAUCCAAAUGAAGAAUUUAAUACAAUAGAUGAAAGUGAUGCAAUUGCUAUUUUAGUUGUUGGACAAACAGGAAGUGGUAAAACAACAUUAUUAAAUAGUUUUGUAAAUGCAAUAUGUGGAAUCAAGAUAACAGAUGAUUUUAGAUAUAUAAUUAUAAAUGAAGAUAAUUUAGAACAGAGUAAAGAUCAAUCUAAAAGUCAAACAAGUGAAGUAACAAUUUAUAAUAUUAAAAGAACAAAAAGAACACCACCAAUAAAAAUAAUAGAUACACCUGGAUUUGGAGAUACAAGAGGAAUUGAACAUGAUAAAGAAAUUACUAAACAAAUCAAAGAAGCAUUUGAAACAAAAGUAUUAGAUUUAAAUGCUAUUUGUUUUGUUGCACAAUCAAGUAAUCCAAGAUUAACAACAAGUCAAAAAUAUAUAUUUGGGAAUAUUAUUGAUUUAUUUGGGAAUGAUGUGAUAAAUAAUUUUAUUGCUAUGCUUACAUUUUGUGAUGGUGAAGACCCACAAAUUAUUAAUGCAUUACAAUCCAAAGACUGUAUUUUCAGUACAAUUAUUUCAUACAUAGAUGAGCCAUGGUAUUUAAAAUUUAAUAAUUCAGCUAUUUAUGAUGAUGAUAUUAAAGAUGGAUUUACACAAAUAAUAUCAUUAAAACAGUCCAGAGAAGUUUUGAAGAGAAGAGAACAAAUUAAAACUCAAAUUGAAGGGCUGAGAAUAUCAUUAAAUAAUGGAAUAUCAAAAAUGAGUGAAAUAGAACAAACAUGUGAACAGUUCUAUUUGAAUCGAGAUAAAGUUAAUAAUAAUCAAGAUUUUACAUUUACUGUUGAUGUAACAGUACAAAAAAAGAUUGAAUUAGAAGUAGGAGAAUAUGUAACUAAUUGUUUGAGAUGUAAUAGAACAUGUCAUUAUCCAUGUUAUAUUGAAGGAGAUAUAAAAGAUGGAUGUUAUUGUAUUGGUGAUAAUGGAUAUUGUAAAGUAUGUGGAUGUCAUUACACACAACAUGCAAAUGGAAAAUAUAGAUUUGAUUAUGUAACAGAAACAAAACAACAAACAGCACAAGAAGUACUUGAAAGAUAUAACCAAGGUAAAAAAGGUAUGGCUAGUGCAGAAAAUCUGUUAAACAAGUUGGAAGAUGAAUAUAUUAAAAUCCAAAUGGAUUGUUAUGAUAAAGAAUUAAAAAUUAUAAAAUGUAUUAAUAUAUUAUCAUCAAUUGCAUUAAAUGAUAAAAUUACUAGUUCCAAUGAAUAUUUAGACCAAUUAAUUGAAACAGAGAAUGAAGAAAAGAAAAGUGGAUAUAAAAAACGAAUUGAAGGAUAUAAACAACUUAAACAAACAAAUGAAAUAAUAGAAGGUAUUAUGAAAAAAGCCUCAACACAAAAGAGUAAGGAAGAGAUUAAAGCAGAGAUUGAAAGAAAAAUGAAAGAAUUAAAACAAGGAGAAAAAUCAACAUUAGGUAAAUUCAUUCAAAAAAUGAGAAGUAUGUUUUAA